AAUCAAAGACAACCGUGUCUCCACUAGAUGGCCUCGUCCUACAAGCAGUAGCAAACCCCCUGUUAACUUGCACCGAUUGGACGAACGUAGGGCAGGCCAACCUCCUGAAAUCACUACAAAUCCUCUUAUCUGCCCAAUCUGCCGCUUUCCUCACCAUUAUGCCCUCCCAUUUCCUCUCCCCGUGCCUGUGAACCCACCAUGAGUGGAGAGUGUAAUCCAACUGGAUUACAGUGUAAAUUGGGUGAUGGAGGAUUGGGCUCUGUUAGUGAGUCUCAACUGCAGGACACCAUUGUAGUGACUGCACUGAUCAGGGUUUCCUAUUUGUGUGGAUUGAAUAAGUGUUUAUUGUAACAGGGAUUAUUUCAUAAAACCACACAUUUUGCAGAGCAUCUAUCAGAAGUUAAUGGAGUAGAUCAUAACACAUUGAUUGGAUUGGAUAUAAAAAAGAAGAAAGAAGACACGGUCAGAAAAUUUAUUGGAUUACUUUGUUUAUCUGUUUCAUCCUGACUAUGAUGAGCAUUGAUUAGUUUACUUUGUCCAGGGAAAGUUUUUGGAUGAUCUAGAAGAACAUGACUCUUCUGAUGUGGCUAACCAGGCCUUCUGGACACUUUUGGAUGUUCAAUCUGUACAGCUGAUGUGGACCUCUGAGUGGUCCAGGGAGAAAUAUGAAGCGAUUUAAGACAGCAUGAGGAAAUAUGCAAAUGGAAGUCGGGAUAUAUUUUUAGUAGGAAUAUUGGAGUAGUGGAUACGGACUCUUGAUAGUACCGAUACGGCACUUAAGGAUGGUCAUCAGCAUCAUGUGUUGCAGAAGAUUUUCUUGGGUUAUAUUCCUCAUGGUCUAUGUAGGCUGGCUCUGUAUCUCUACCCAUGCUCAAAUGAGGAUUCCACCUGAAACGGUUCAAAAAUGGGCCAAUACUCUUUCAGAGCAAAUAAAUGCCAUUGCGUCAAAAUAUUCUGGAGCUGCUCUCUUACAAAAGAAACUCAAAGAUGUCGAGCCCAUCAUUAAAAUUGAGGAGUUGGAUGGAGCACGGCUGGUUCUGGACUUUUCCGAUGAAAUCGAGAGAAUGCUGGGAAGCAAGAUGAAAUCUGUAAAGAGGCUUGCAGACACAGCUGAGGAUGCCGAUUUGUAUCACGAGUUCAAUGCAUCAUUAAAGUUUGACUAUUACAAUUCGUUAUUGGUGAAUACUAUGGACGAAGAGGGAAAUUUCAUCGAGCUUGGAGGUGAAUUUCCACUGGAGGAGAAUGAGCAUUUCAACAAGCUUCCCGUUAACACUUUAAUGAGCGCCAUCCAGGUUCCGACCAAUGUCUACAACAAAGCUCCAGAGAUUCUUAAUGGAGUGUAUAUGUCCGAGGCCUUGAAUGACGUGUUCAUAAGUAACUUUCAGAAGGAUCCAACGCUCACGUGGCAAUAUUUCGGCAGCUCAACAGGGUUCUUCAGACUUUAUCCAGGAAUAAAAUGGACCCCCGAUUCAAAUGGCGUUGUUUCGUUCGACUGCAGAAACAGAAACUGGUAUAUCCAGGCUGCCACCUCUCCUAAGGAUAUCGUCAUCGUGGUUGAUGUCAGUGGCAGUAUGAAGGGUCUGAAAAUGACCAUUGCCAAACACACCAUUAACACUAUCCUGGACACUCUUGGCGAAAAUGACUUUGUCAAUAUUAUUGCAUACAGCGAUUAUGUCCGCUAUGUGGAGCCCUGUUUUAAAGGAACGUUGGUGCAGGCAGACUUGGACAAUCGCGAGCAUUUCAAACUGCUUAUAGAUGAACUUCAAGUGAAGGGAGAAGCAACCGUCAAAAAAGCCAUGAAGGAGUCUUUCCGCAUCCUUGCUGACGCCAGAGCAAAUGGUCAGGGCAGUCUAUGCAACCAAGCAAUUAUGUUGAUCACAGAUGGAGCCAUGGAGGAUUUCCAAUCUGUGUUUGAAGAGUUCAACUGGCCUGACAGGAAGGUUCGUGUUUUUACUUAUCUUAUUGGCAGAGAUAUGACCUUCUCAGAAAACACCAAAUGGAUUGCCUGCAACAAUAAGGGAUAUUAUACUCACGUCUCUACACUGGCUGAUGUACAGGAGAACGUUAUGGAGUAUCUUCAUGUUCUUAGUCGACCAAUGGUCAUCAACCAUGACCAUGACAUCAUCUGGACUGAGGCGUAUAUGGACAGUGUGCUUCCUAACACUAAAGAGGUGUUCAAAAGCAAAGCACACAGUCUGCUGCUCAUGACGUCUGUGGCCAUGCCAGUGUUCAGUAAGAAGAAAGAAACACUUUCUCAUGGCAUACUGCUAGGAGUUGUGGGAACUGAUAUCCCUCUUUUGGAAGUCAUGAAAAUAGCCCCACGAUAUAAGCUUGGUACACAUGGCUAUGCGUUCCUCAUCACAAACAAUGGAUACAUCCUGGCACACCCUGAUUUGAGACCUCUGUACUAUGAUGGGAAGAUUUUAAAGCCUAAGCCGAACUACAACAGUGUAGAUCUGUCAGAGGCAGAGUGGGAAGACAAAGAAGACAGUCUAAGAACAGCCAUGGUGAAAGGAGAAACUGGUACUCUGACUUUAGAUGUGAGGGCAGCUGUUGAUAAAGAGAAAAGACCCUUGUUUCUAAAAAAUGAUUAUUUCUACACAACUAUCAACGAGACUCCUUUUAGUUUUGGUAUGGUGCUUACAAGGGGUCACGGACAGUACAUGUUUUUUGGAAAUGUUUCUGUGGAGGAGGGCCUUCAUGACCUACAGCAGCCAGAUCUCACUCUGGCCAAUGAAUGGACUUAUUGCGAGACAGAUAUUGACCCACACCAUCGCAAACUCACUCAGCUGCAGUCUGUGGUCCGAUACCUGACUGGGAAAGAGCCCGAUUUAGAGUGUGAUGAGAUUCUGCUGCAGCAAACAUUGUUUGAUGCUGUGGUAACAGCACCACUGGAGGCUUACUGGACAGCACUUACACUUUCCGCACAAGGUGUAGAUGAAGGCAUGGAAACGGCUUUCCUUGGAACCCGCUCGGGUCUGAUGCGUGUCAUUAGAUAUGCAGGAAGUGAGAAACAAGUGGGGAAAAAGUUCUUGACCCCCAUUGACAAAGAAAACCUCUUCACUGUGGACCACUUUCCCAUCUGGUAUCGCCUGGCUGCUGAAAACAAACCUGGUCAAUUCUUCUUUUAUGUCCCUCAAGAUGGCGUGAACAAAGGGAGGAACACUUUCGUGGCAGUGACGUCCGUCACGGUGACAGAAGGGAAAAGAACAGCGCUUGCUGGAGCUAUUGGAAUGCAGGCAUCUCUGGAUCUACUAGAGAGAGUUUUCUUUUCUGUUACCAAACAACCAAACAACACGGAUUGCAGUGAUGUGGAUGGUAUUUGUCCUCUCAGCUGUGAGAGCAUUGAUGUCAACUGUUACCUAGUUGACAAUAAUGGUUUCAUACUGAUCUCAAAGGACAGAGGAGAUGUUGGGAAAUUCUUUGGAGAAAUAGAUGGAUCUGUGAUGGGCCAGCUACUCAAAUCAGGCUUGUUUAAAAGGGUGACAUUGUAUGACUACCAGGCCAUGUGUAAGAAUGCUCACCAUCACUCUAGUGGAGCUAAACCACUGCUCAGUCCUUUCUAUGGUCUACUGGCAUUAAUCAAAUGGUUCUUCUCAAAUUUCCUGGUGUUUUUAUUGGAGUUCAACAUCUGCGGACUUUGGCAUAAUGACUAUGUAGUAGAUGCUAAGGCUGUGUAUCAUGCAUCACACAACAAACAGAAGAAAGCUGACUUAAUGCAGCCUUGCAACACCGAAUAUCCCGGCUUCAUAUAUGACACGUCAAUUCGAGAGACAAACAGCAUCAUCAAAUGUGGGCGUUGUCAAAAGAUGUUUGUCCUACAUCAAGUUUAUAACAGUAACCUGGUCAUGUUGGUGGUCCAGGCAGACUGUGACUGUUCUCGCCAAUAUGCUCCUAUCACUCUCAUGCCUAAGGAGGUCAAAUAUAAUGCCACAGUUAAGUGCAACAGGAUGAAAUCGCAGAAGAUUCGCAGGCGACCAGAGUCUUGUCAUGCAUACCAUCCUCAUGAAAAUGCCAAGGACUGUGGUGGAGCAUGUGGGAUAUCCAUAUCUCUCAUACUGUUAUUCAUAUGCUUGGUCACGUCAUUAACCUUGAGAUGAUUAAAAAAAAAUUAUUAUCAGCUAAGCAACAGGCCUGUCGUGGUCCAAAAUGACCACAAAAACAAACAUGGCCAGGCUAAGGUUGCUUAAAGCAACACUGUGUAGUUUUUUUACCUUUAAAUAAUGUCUCUAAAAUAAUUUCAGUGAUAGAACAACUUUUAACUGGACAAACUGUACUGUUGCUGCAACCUGAGCAGCCUCCUAGCUGCUACAAGCACACUCUGAAAGUGGUGGUGGAGAGUAGGAAACACAGCCCCGCCCCUCCCCCUGCCUGCAGAAGAGUGUCUGAUACCAGGCACUGUUGCGCUUUUCAACCACAUGGGGGAGCUGUAAGUCAUUUUUACAUGGAAACUACAUAGUGUUGCUUUAAUACACAGCAAUCCCGCUUACUACUGGACACUGUACAGAUAAUAUUUUGUAGACGUUCUCAGUGGGAUUAACUGAGUGUGAGAUAUAAUCUUAGAUUUUCUCUUGUGACUUGAUGUUAUACAUCAGCUCAGUAUUUUCAGGUGUAUAAUGAAAGUUUCAAUAAUGCAACACAUAUAGAGCAUUAUUACCUUUGUCAUUUAUACAUGUAAUAUAUAACACUGUAAAUAAUGCAAAUGUUAGGCAUUUAAGUAUAAAUGUAAAAAGUAAUGGUUGAUUGGAUGGAUUAAUACGUAUUGUACCAGUAUCAAAAAAUCAGUAUUUUUGUCAAAAAUAUGUAGCUACAAUUUUUUACAUAAUGUUUCAAUAUGAUUACUAAAUAUAUACCCAAAGUAAAAAAAAUAAUUUCAUAAAAUGUUUAUAGGUGAAGACAAAAUAUGAAAUUUAGUAGAUGUUAACAAAUUUGUUAAAUAAAGUGGUUGAAAAUCACCAGGGGCCUCAUUUAUAAAACUGUGCGUAGGAUCCUUACUAAAAGUCUACGUACGCACAAAAGCCAAAAAUGUCAUGCGCCAAAAAAUAUUAAGACUUAUAAAACAAAGCAAUGUUCCCUUUAUAAAUCACAGAUCACCUGCAAGUGUGCGUACAUGAAUCAUCUUCAGAUCCCACCCUGCAAGCCCAUUUUCCCAUCAAGUUUGUUUUUUAUAGAUCACAACCUUUGCGUGGGAAGUACACACGCUUUAUAAAUGAGACCCCUGAACUGUCAAAGUUAACUCAUGCACGAUUACAUUUGAUUUUUUGCAGAAUAUCUAAAUACACCACCACUUAUAAAAAAGAAUCAUGUUUUUUUAGUAUUAAAACCAGUAUUUAAAAAUUAACUAGUUUAAACUAUGGUUUACUAGUUACCAUAAAUACCAUACAGGGCUCCAAGACUGCCACCAAAAUUUGAGUGUGCGCCACUAAAUUUUACAUCCAGUCGCACAUGCGCGACUAGUAAAUUUGACCUUUUUUUGUGAUGUGACACUGAAUUUGAAACGGCACAUUGUACUUUCUGCAUCUAUCAUUUAGUAUUUGUACAGUGGAAAUUAGUAGAAAUGUGAAUAUUUAGUUAGCAUGUUGAUUUACAGUGUGUGCCCCUAAAUUUUCUGGUUGCGCCCCUAAAAUUUUCAGUUAGGGGCCACUGUGCCACAAGUUAGUCUGGAGCCCUGUCAUAGUUUAACAGUUAUGUUUGUCAUAAAACUACUGUAUGCUUAUACAAAUGUUACUCUAUUCACUAUAAAAAACAUAGUUACUACGCUUUUACUAUAAUAAAACCAUGCCACUGUAAAAAACAAAAUGCAGCAUUUUUGUCAAAUGAACAUAUAUUUUUAUGCUAAAAUUAAGUUGUUUAACCUAAUUUUUUAAUUUAUGUAAACUAUUCACAGGUCAAAACUUAAAAUAAUAUGUUAA